AUGUCAAAUGAAGUCCUUUAUUUCUUCAAUAGAUUUGUAAAAGUAUCGAAUGCAAAAAGUUCAAAAGUCUAUGAGAUACUUUCUAACCCGCGAAAAGUAUUCUUUGAAUACCCUUGCACUAGUCCAAUCGAUUGUUAUCCAUAUGAGAUCCACCUUUCUCCAGGCAAAUAUCUUCUUGAAGUUUGGGGCGCCCAAGGCUGCAAUGUAACUAAUGGGCGUCAAGAAGAUGUCGAAGGUGGAACUGACGGCCAUUCUGCUGGUGUUCUUAUCGUAACUAAUCCAAAAACUCUUUACCUACACCUUGGAGGUACCGCAAACACUUCUAACUAUUUUAAUCCGACAUAUAACGGCGGCGCAGGAGGCCGGAAUUUUGCAGACGGUUGCGGCGGUGGCGCGUCUGACUUCCGAACAUCUGGUGACCCCUGGAAUGAAAGCUUUGAUAGCCGUAUUUUGAUUGCUGGCGGCGGUGGGGGCUCUUUUGGAAAUGGACUCAUCCAUCAUGGUGGAAAAGGUGGUGGCCUGAAAGGUGGAAUGGAUUCUACUGGAAGGGCUGCUAUCGGAACUCAAGAUGGAUGUGAAGCGACUCAAUUUGAGAGAUGUGGCACCAAAGGAAUAGGUUACGGAGAUUGGUACGGGAGUGGGGGUGGAGGAAAGUUCGGAGGUGGGAACUACAAAAUAGCCUCUCCAUCUACAGGGAGCGGUGGUGGAGGUGGUUCUGGAGGAAUUGAUGGCGUUGUAAAUUAUAGUAUUUGGACUGCAGUGACUGAAUUUUCUGAGCAUCGAGGAUUUGGAACUGGAAGUAUUGCAUUAAUUGAGCGUUCACUCAUAUGCUCUAAUAACAUAUAUUAUUCACUACAUUCAUUUUCGGCUGAAACAUUGUAUGUUUUAAUCUCAUUAUCAUAA